CCAUUAUGUCACAUGCUUCACUGUUUGGUACUUGGGUCUAAACUUCCCUCAGUCGACCUUAAUUGUGACCCUAUCACAAUUGUGAUGGUCAUUAAUUUGUUUGACAGGCGUGUUUGGUGCCUGGGUGCACUUGGCCUCUUGGAAAUUGCUGUCCAUCAUAUUUAUACACUCAGCCCCGUUGGUUUCCUCUAUAUCCCCAUUGUCCGUUUUCACCCUGCUCCCCUUUCUUCUCCUGUUCCGGUGAGAACUCUCCCCUGCUGCACAAGACACGAUCGGGGACACGAUUCUCCCACCUGGCACCCUCCUCUGUCUUCCCCGCCGUCGUCGACGGAGAGGAGGACGCGCGGCUUGGCGGCGUCCGGCAGCAGCAGCAGGAGGAGGAGCGCCACGUCGAGAGCCGCGAGACCAGCCGGCGACAUCGUCAUGUGUUUGUUCACUGCUGCUUUUUUCUUUCUAGAAUACACCCGACAAGGUGUAUCAUCCAUUAAAGAAGAAGGUCGGCCUUAGGCCAAGUCUACAAGAUUAUUAACCGGAAUCUCUCCACUCUACGGCACUAAUCGGAAGUGUACUAAACAAAGACACUCCUAAAAGCCCAGCCUGGCUCCAAGCCUUCCCUUCAGCAAUCACAUCGGUUAGCACCUGCACCACACUAGGUCUAAUGUGAUCGAAUACAAUACGGUUCCUAUGCUUCCACAAAGACCAGCAGACUAGCACCAGUACCGUCGCUGCAUCGCACCUAGGCUUACCAGCCAUGGGCAGAGAGGACCACCACUCGGCAAGAUCACCAGCCACCGUUGGCAGCCAAUGUUGGAGAUUCCAACCUUUGUAAGAUCCUCCACCAAACCUGCCUAGCGAGAACGCAUCCCAACAAGAUGUGAGAAAUCGUCUCAUCCUCCUGAUCACAAAACGGACACCGCUCCGGAUGAUCAAGACCUCUUCUCCUCAGUCAAUCAGCCGUCCAACAACGCUUCCAGCAAGCGAGCCACAUGAAAAAUUUGCAUCUGAGGGGGGCUCUAGAAUCCCAAACCAGAUCCAUACCUGCCAUGUCCAUCCGUCCUUCAAAUAAAGCCAAAUAGGCUGACCGAGCGCUGAAAGAACCAGUAGAGGACCAAUUCCAUUUGAACGAAUCCUCCCCCUCCACCAACUGAAAGUUUCGAAUGCGAUCCCACAAGUUCAGAUAUUGAGAAGCGAAGAGACGGGCCGGCAGAAUCGUGUGGAAGGGAGGGGAUCUUGCACGGGAGGCUGGUGCACGACGGAGGAGGGGAUCUGCGCGGGAUUCACGGGCCGGAGGAGAUGCUGCUCGACGGUGGCCGGCUCGAGUAGGGGCUGGUGCUCGACGGAGGGGCUCUGCGCGGGAGGCUGGUGCGCCGGCGGAGGAUGAGGCGGCGACCCAAGCGCCGGCGGAUGACGAGACGCCGCCCAGGUGCCCGUGGAGGACGACGGCGAAGAGGUGGAGACGGAUGGCUUUACAUGCGGAGAAGAAGAAGUAAAAAAAGAAAAGAAAAUGAAGAAUGGCUGCCCAUGAACCCUCUCCACCCUUCCAGAGAUCAUAUUUCUUCCCCUGAUCUGUGAUGAGUGAUACACACUGUUGUUGUGUAAGACUGGUCAACACUGUUAACACCCCGAGAUCUCCACUGACAGCAUUACAGAUGCCAGAGAAGAGAUAGUUCUGAAGUAUUUGAGAAAUACCGAUAGACGUUAUGAUCGGGGCAGGGAAAAUAUUAUUUACUUUGAUGGUUGGAAUGGACUCGGUGCGUCUGCCGUCCUUGCUGCCAUAGCAGAAUCAGUCAGGACAGAUGGACCCAAAUUUGACAUAGUUAUCCACGUGGAUUGCUCAGUUUGGGAAAGCAGGAGAGAAAUGCAGAGGAAAAUCGCAGAGGAACUGAAGCUCGACAGAUCCGUCAUGGUUUUGUUUGAUAAGCAAGACGAAGAGGAUGAUUUCAGCGGGUUAGAUAAAGGCUCUAGAGCUGAGAUAGAUGAUGUGGCAGAGCUCAUCUUCCAAGCUGCAGAGGACCGCAGGUGUUUGAUCAUUUUUCACAAUGGGAGUGAUAAUGAGAUUGAUUUAUCCACAUCUGGUGUUCCUGUAUUUGAUUCGAAAAAUAAAGUAUUGUGGACAUUCCGGGGAAGGUUUCGACUUGAUCCUACAAUUACAGAGAAAGUGCAAAGUGCUGAUAUUUUCCUUUCGGCAUGUCCAACCGCGAACAUUUGGUUUCACAAUGACUUGUCAGCUGUGGUGCACGAGGAGGCGGCCCAAGUUAGCCAUGAUAUCAGCCCAACUGUGAUUACAGAUUGUUGGUUGUAUUUAUCGCUCCUGCAUUACAACCAUGAUAAUUCCAGUGAUUAUGAUGGAGACAGCCAUGCUUCUAACUAUUGGGUGUGUGAUGGGAUCAUAUCUGGAGAUAGUGCUUGGAAGAUUGCUGACCGACUUCACGAAGAGAUGAGAAUGGAGUAUCUUCCAACAAAACAAGACCAUGGCAAGUGGUUUGAGAAGUUAUGUGGUCUCCAUGAAAAGAAGAGCCGGUGGAUUUCAAUCACUUCAAAGAAUGUAGAGAUACAAAAUAUCCAGACCAUACCCAAGGAGACAACAUCAUGUUUCUUGACAUUGGAAAAAUCUGAUCCCCCUACGGCGUUGCCAAAACACUUGUUCGAACAAUCAAGCAAACUCCGGGUGUUAAGACUCUCUUGGUGCACCUUCAGUUUUGCGUGCCCACCUUUUAUGCACUGCAGCAGUUUAAGAUUUGUUUUCAUAGACAGUUGCAGAGAUGAAGAUGUUGAGUUUACAGGUAAAGGAGAUGACAAGCAAGAUACAGAAUGGACAUUUUUACAAAGGCUAUGGGUGUUGGAUAUACGUUGUACAAGUUGGGACUGGAUCUUAUCCCCAGCAAAGAUGAUGUUGAUGAGUGAACUCAGGGAGCUAAAUCUGACAGAUGCAGGAGCUAGUAGGUCUGAUUGGGACAUGAAGACGCUUGAGUUGACAUGGUUACGUGAUCUUCAGAGGCUUCGAGUGAUUAAUUCUUCUACUUUCCUGACAGCAGUAGUACAAAACUCAUUUAUGUGCAUGCAAAACCUCGAGCUUCUUGACUUGUCUGGAAACAGUGCCAUGGAAGUUUUGCCAAACCUGUCAGGGACAAAUGGACUGAAGGUGCUUAUUCUUGACGAUUGUGAUGGGCUGCUACAUGUUGAGCCUGAUGCUGUCCCCACAUCGUUAGAGUCAUUCAGUUUUGAUGGAUUUGGACGAGCAUCCAAGUGGAAGAAUUCACUGCAGAUACCCGAAAAGAAGUUGCGUCCUGUGGCUUGUGAUAAAGAAGAGCUUCCCAAAGUUUCGAAGAUCUCUCUAGAAGGUCGCACACGACUGAAGCAUGUAUUCUUGCAGGGAUUGCCAAACCUGGAGGAGUUAAACCUGUCUGAGACAGGAAUCAAAGAACUUGACCUCGAAGCUAUGCAGGCUAAGAAACUUGAGCGGCUCUUUCUGGUUGGCUGUGAGAACCUGCGCAGAGUUCAGUGGCUUGAUGCAAGAAACCCACCACUAAAGUUGCUGUCGGUGGACACCAGAGGGAAGGCUGAAAGAUCGAUGGAUGGUGACUGUCACCGAUCUCAUUCAUACUCCCAACAUGACUUUGUACAGGUCGUGGCUACAGAUGCAAGGUUCCUUCGAGGCUUUGGUGUGUUUGGUACUAAUUUCCAUUUACAUCUCUCAUCCACCGUCAACAGCAGACAACUUCCUGGAACAAAGGAAGCUGGGAUUAGUUCCGGUGUUGAAUUGGGUCUUGUCCCAGCUGUUGGAUCGACAUUUCUCUACUCGGAUGUACUUGACAAGGCUGUCAAAGAAUAUGAUAAUGCUGAAGACUGCUCGUUGCAAGUGUGCACCCAGCUUCUACCUUCAGAGCGUCACAUUGAGUUUGCCGAAGGAGGCUGCAAUUGGGAAUUCAAAAGUGGUCGUGAAGGCAUGGUUUCCUUGUUGGAUAGUGCUCAAUCCCUACACGUGCACGACAACUCCUCCAUCACUGCUGCCAACCUUGAAUUUGAUUAUGCUGUGCAGUUCAGAGAUCUCAGAUGGUGUUGUGUAGAGUGGUGCCCCAAGCUGCACAGUGGCUUUUUGCUUGAUAGUAAGUACAUGUCAGAAAGCUCCUUCGAGAGCUUACAAACAUUCUGGGCAUCUCACCUCCUCGCAGCCCGCUACAUUUGGAGCAAAAGACUCAGUUUUCACAUAUAUGUGAGAGAUACUGCGCCUGCUGCCUUUUCACAGCUUCGACAUAUACACCUGCACUCCUGUCCCAGGCUGACUUUGUGGUGAGCUCGGACAUAUAUUCCCGAAGGGUGAACCAUACAGACGAGGAAAACCUGCUAGAAACAUAGAUUUUCCGAGCCUCAGGGAGAUCCAUUUCCAAGAGCUCCCCAUGCUGCAGCACAUAUGUGAAAUCAACUUCUCAGCGCCGGCGCUGGAGACCAUCAAGCUCAGGGGUUGCUGGAGUAUGAGGCGGCUCCCGUCCAUCCACGCCGGGCGUGCACACGAUAAGCCGCCGGCGGUGGUGGACUGCGAGAAGGACUGGUGGGGAAAGCUCCAGUGGGAUGGGCUGGAGGCGAGCCGUGACCUCUUCAGCCCGCAGCAUCGAUAUUACUACAAGGAGACCAUACCGAGAGGACCGACCUAAGGUAUGCACGUCUCUAGUGCCACAUUUCUCUCAGUUGUAUAACAUCGUGGCCUCUAGUCAAAGUCUGUUCUCUUAGUGCUUUAUGUUGAGCUACUGAUCAACCUAUGUUUUCUUGCUUGAUUGUCCUUUUUUUAAUGUGUCUAGGUAACCUAGAGGAAUCAAGGAAAGGCUCGUAAGUGACUUGCACGUCGGCUUUUCUCUCUUGUGCUCUAACAUUAUAAGUUCAGAUAUAUCUACAACGUAUUUUGUUGAAGAUCAUAUAUAUUUGCGCGAACGUCUUGGCUUCUGGUUACACUCUGUUUGUUGCUUUUCAACGAUACUGAUUAAGCUCUACCACAUCUUGUAUUUAUCAUCUCCAGGUGACCUCUAAAAGGCAUGGUUGCUACAUCAAUCAGCUGCCUAGCACAUUGGUGUCUGUCUCGUGAUGCUUGAUUAAUUGCUAUCUCGGAACAAUUUGUGUUGUGUGUUUAUGUUGGUGUGACUUGGGAGGCACUACUUGCUACUGUUGUUGUGCCUCUCUUCACCGGUUACAGCUUGAUUGGUGCUUGUUGCGUUCGUAUAUAUAUUCGGUUUGAUUUGAGUUUGGUCUGUAUUUGAAAUAAAAGGCUAGGUCUGACUGUGCACACAGAAGGAACCUAGUAACGGUGUGUGAUUUGGCAAGGCUUUCUGUCAUUUAUGUACCGAGAGAAUUAUAGAAUUAUAUAUUAUGUUCUGUUCGAACAAGCUAAUAUACUAUUUUAUGUGUUUUGUAUAAA